AUGGCCUUACACUUGGUAGAGGAUUUGUGCAAGGGGAUGACUCUUAAUCCUGAGAACUGUCUUCUGGUGCCGGGGGUGCCGGAGACGUUUGAUGAGGGCUCGACAGAACCUAUGUUAAGGACAUUCACUGAGUACCUGAGUAAGUGCAAAAUGUGUGGGCGCGUGUUUGUGAGGGAGCAAGGGACUUUUGCUGUAUUAUGUGAGCUGCAAUUGGCUGUGGACCCUCUGCAGGUCACAGACACAAUAGCAGGGGAAGAUAGUGAGUGGACAGUGUUAACCACUGGGAGCCAGCCCUUACCUGCCCCUGCCUCAGAUGUAGAGUUUUUAAAGAAAAUGUUGGCCUUUUGGGGGAAAGAGGGAAAGACUUUGGCUGAUAUGCCAGGUCUUCUAGGCCUUGACCCGGGAGUCCCAAUCCGGGUGGCUACUCCAUCACCUGAUGACUGGGUGAAGGCUCUGGGGCAGGCAUUAGAGAAGGUUGCGCUACCCCACCCUGAGUCUGGACCCUAUCUCAAACUGAGGUUGUUUUCUGGGGGUCCCACCCCAAUACCUGGGGAGGAGGCAUUUGAACCUUGGCUGGAACACACCACUGAGAUGCUGCAGGAGUGGGCGGUGCCUGAUGCUGAAAAGAGAAGACGACUAAUAGAGUGCCUCAGGGGACCAGCCCUAGAUGUGAUUCGUACCCUGAAGCUCAGUAACCCUGGGGUCAAGGUGAAGGGCUGUCUAGAGGCCCUUGAUCAUGCCUUUAGGAGAACCGAGGGUUCAGAGGAUGUUUAUUGCAAGUUCCUCAGUGCCAAGCAACAAAAGGGGGAGAAAGUUUCUGCCUAUAUCCAGAGAUUGGAGAAAUUGUUACAAAGAGCCAUCAUGAGGGGAGCAGUAACAGUAGAGCAAAUGGACCAGACUAGAUUGACUCAGAUUGUGAGAGGAAUUCAAUAUCAGAACCUGAUUCUUCUCCACCUUCGAUUAAGGGAACGGCAAGACAAUCCACCGAGUUACUCUCGGCUGAUAAAAGAGGUCCGAGAGGAAGAGGAGAGGCAAGCAGCUGGAGAGGUUGGGAUGUGCAGCCACACCGGGUGA